GGGGGGAAACACAACAGCAGAGAUUAAAAAUCAAAACAAAACGAAGAUGCAACUGGGUGGUGGUACUCCGUCGACGACCACCACUACAGCAGCCGCUUCAACCGCUACUCCACCACCACCGCCGCCGCCGCCACAGCCACAGCCACAAUCGAACGAUUCAGCCGCAACAGAAGCAGCUGCGGCAGCAGCGGUUGGUGCGUUUGAGGUAUCGGAAGAGAUGAACGACAGAGGAUUCGGAGGAAAUCGUUGGCCGCGGCAGGAAACGCUAGCGUUGCUGAAAAUACGAUCUGAUAUGGGAAUAGCGUUUCGAGACGCUAGCGUUAAAGGUCCCUUAUGGGAAGAGGUUUCUAGGAAAAUGGGAGAGCUUGGUUACAUAAGAAACGCAAAGAAAUGCAAAGAGAAGUUCGAAAACGUUUACAAAUACCACAAACGAACCAAAGAAGGCCGUACCGGUAAAUCCGAUGGCAAGACUUACCGCUUCUUUGAUCAAUUGGAAGCUCUCGAGACUCAUCAUCAUCAUCAUCAUCAGCCUCUACGACCACACCAACACCAACACCAAAACAACAACUCCAUAUUUUCAACUCCUCCUCCUAUAACCACAGUUAUGCCACCGUCCGUACCAUCUACCUCGAUUCCUCCGUAUACUCAGCAAUUGAAUGUACCUUCUUCGUUUCCAACCGACUUCCUCUCGGACAAUUCGACAUCUUCUUCUUCGUCUUCCUACUCGACUUCUUCUGAUAUGGACAUCGGCGGCGGAGGGACGACGACAACGACGACGAAUAGGAAGAAGAGGAAAAGGAAAUGGAAGGAGUUUUUCGAGAGGUUGAUGAAACAAGUUGUUGAUAAACAAGAGGAUCUUCAACGCAAGUUCUUGGAGGCUGUUGAGAAGCGAGAGCACGAGAGGUUGGUCAGAGAAGAUUCUUGGAGGGUUCAAGAGAUUGCUAGAAUCAACCGUGACCAAGAGAUCUUAGCUCAAGAACGCUCUAUGUCCGCUGCUAAAGACGCUGCUGUUAUGGCCUUUCUUCAAAAACUAUCAGAGAAGCAACCCAACCAGCCUCCUACUACUACGGUACAGCCACAGCAACAAGUUCGGCCACCACAAAUGCAGCUGCUUAAUAACAAUAACAAUCAGCAGCAAACGCCUCAACCGUCUCCACCUGCUCCUCCUCCGCUUCUGCAGCCAAUUCAAGCUGUUUUACCAUCUUCAUCAGAGACUAGGAAAACGGACAAUGGAGACCAGAGUAUGAUGACUCCGGCUUCGGCGUCAGCGUCAGGGUCAGCGAGCUCGUCGAGGUGGCCGAAGGUGGAGAUAGAAGCAUUGAUAAAGCUGAGGACGAAUCUUGAUUCGAAGUAUCAAGAGAACGGGCCAAAAGGACCACUGUGGGAAGAGAUAUCAGCGGGGAUGAGAAGGUUAGGAUUCAACAGGAACUCAAAGAGAUGCAAAGAGAAGUGGGAAAACAUGCAUCUUCUUCUUCAGCUUCCGGUCUUGUUAAACCGGAUAAUUCUGUUCCUUUGAUGGUUCAACCGGAGCAGCAAUGGCCUCCUGCGCCUGUAACGACGACAGCAACUACUACGGCAGUGGCUGUGGUUCAGCAGCAGCAUCCUCAGCCGUCGGAUCAGAACUAUGACGAUGAAGAAGGUACAGACGAAGAAGAUUACGACGAUGAGGAGGAUGAGGAGGACGAGGAGAAUGAAGAAGAAGAGGAAAGAGGUGAGUUUGAGCUGGUGCCUAGCAAUAACAACAAGACGACGAAUGAUCUUUAAAUGGCGAA